CUAGUGGACAAAAUGGAGUCACCUUCUUCUAUUGGUGAAGCUGAAAGAGCCGCUGGAUUCCUGACUCAGCAUUUUAGGCGCAGAAGAAGGAAAACGACCAAGAGCCAAAUUUAGUGCCAUUGCAAAUAAUCACAACUGAAAUUCCUUAUUUGUAGAGACAUCUACAAAUAAGCGGGGAAGGAAGAAACAUAAAAAGAAGCACAAGUGGAGAGAAAAAUUGAUUCUUGAAUGUGUAGAAAUGGAUCACUUCCUGACCCAACGUGAUUCCAAAGAAAAUACGUGGAAAUGUCAAAGUAGAAAAAGAUUCAAAGCAAACCCCAAUGCUAGUAAUCACUGCAAAUCAGGAAAAAGCUCCAGCAGUAAUAAUCUUACUUCACAUAAAAAGAACCAGGCAAGGGGGAAGCCCUACAACGAUGUGGACUGUGGAAAAAGCAGUAAUUCAAUUUCUGAUAAAAAGAUCCAUAAAUGCGUGGAUUGUGGAAAACGUUUCAGUGUGAAGAGUUCCCUUAGGUACCAUAAAAGGGUACAUACUGGACAAAAACCCUUUAAAUGCAUAGAAUGUGGGAAGACCUUUACAAGUAGUAAUUACCUGAUAUGCCACAAAAGGAUCCAUUCCGGGGAAAAACCUUAUAAAUGUGUGAUUUGUGGACAAAGUUUCACAACAAAGUCUUCCCUUACAGCCCAUGAAAAGAUACAUACAGAAGAAAAACCCUAUAAAUGCAUGGAGUGUGGAAAGAGCUUCAGGGGAAGCAGUGGUCUUAAUUGUCAUCAACGGAUCCACACAGGAGAAAAACCCUAUAAAUGCCUAGACUGUGGGAAGAGCUUCAGGCAAAGCGGUAGCCUUAUUUCCCAUAAACGGCUCCACACAGGACAAAAACCCUAUAAAUGCAUGGAGUGUGGAAAGAGCUUCAGUGUAAAGAGUUCUCUUACUUCACAUAGACGGAUCCACACAGGAGAAAAACCCUUUAAAUGCAAACAGUGUGGGAAGAGCUUCACAACUAGUAGUUCCCUGAUAUGCCACAAAAGGAUCCAUACGGGGAGAAAACCUUACAAAUGUGUGGAUUGUGGACAAAGGUUCCGUGUGAAGGGUUCCUUUACUUCCCAUAAAAGGGUACAUACUGGAGAAAAACCCUUUAAAUGCAUAGAAUGUGGGAAGAGCUUUACAAGUAGUAAUUACCUGAUAUGCCACAAAAGGAUCCAUUCCGGGGAAAAACCUUAUAAAUGUGUGAUUUGUGGACAAAGUUUCAGAACAAAGUGUUCCCUUACAGCCCAUGAAAAGAUACACACAGAAGAAAGACCCUUUAAAUGCAUGGAGUGUGGAAAGAGCUUCAGGCAAAGCGGUGCUCUUAAUUGUCAUACACUGAUCCACACAGGAGAAAAACCCUAUAAAUGCCUAGACUGUGGGAGGGGCUUCAGCCAAAGCGGUACCCUUGCUUCGCAUAAACGGGUCCACACAGGAGAAAAACCCUAUGAAUGCAUGGAGUGUGGAAAGAGCUUCAGUGUAAAGAGUUCUCUUACUUCUCAUAGACGGAUCCACACAGGAGAAAAACCCUAUAAGUGCCUAGACUGUGGGAAGGGCUUCAGGCAAAGCUGUGACCUUGCUACCCAUAAACGGGUCCACACAGGAGAAAAACCCUAUAAAUGCAUGGAGUGUGGAAACAGCUAUAAUACCAGCAGUGGACUGAAUCGCCAUAAAAUUGUCCACACGGGAGAGAAACCCUAUACAUGCAUGGAGUGUGGAAAGAGCUUCACUAGCAAAAUUUCUCUUUCUUCUCAUGAGAGGAUCCACACAGGAGAGAAACCCUAUAAAUGUAGAGAGUGUGGGAAGAGCUUCAGCCGAAGCAGUCAACUUAGUUACCAUAACAGGAUCCAUACAGGAGAAAAACCUUAUAAGUGCAGAGAGUGUGGAAAGACCUUCGUUGCUAGUAGGUCUCUGACUAUUCAUAAAAGGACCCACACCGGAGAGAAACCUUAAAAAUGCCUGGAAUGUGGGAACAGCUUCAGAUUUAAUAGUAGCCUUUCUGUCCAUAAGAGGAUCCACAAAAGAGGGAAAUAGAAAUGUACGGAAUGCGGAAGGAGUUUUUGUGAAAGAGAAUCCUUCUCAAGAAACAACCCACAAUGGGCAGGAAAAUAUCCUGUGGACAGCAGUCAAUUUAUUUCCCUUACGGAUUAACAGAAAAAUGAAUGGACAAAGGGCUGGACUGAUGGGGUAGUAUAUUUUAAUUUUUUUUUAAAAAAAAACUUUCUUGAUUUUUUAUGUAUAUUCGUUGUUUUUAAUAGUCGCUUGGUCGACUGUCGUUGUGAGCCGCCCUGAGUCCUUGGAGAUAGGGCGGCAUACAAAUUUUAUAAAAUAAAUAAAUAAAGAAAGAAAGAA